CCUGUGUUGUGUUUUGCUUUUGAGUGUUUGUUUUAAAAAUGAAGAUGUUCAAUGAUAUGAUGGAUUCAGUUAUCAAAUGAUAAUUAUCAUUAAUUUUAAUUGAAUAUUUAUAAAGCUCUCGCUGCAUAAGCUUAGACGUGAUAGUGGCCAGUACUUUUUCAUUCUUAACUCUUAACGUUUGUAAGUGGACAUGGUGUUUUAUCUGAUAAAAGUAUUAUUUGAAUUCUUAUUUUACAUUGUAUUGUUUUCAAGACCAGAGCAUCGAAAUCAUACUUCAGGUGUGAAUAAGCGUGUUACGGAUGAAAAUGAAAAAAUGGAACUACCCGAGGUGAACGUCGAAUGUAAAUAUUUACCAACCAUCAACGACGACAUCGUUUACGGAGAAAGUUCGAAACUCUUCAAUAAAGCCUACGAAAUAGAUGGUUUCGUGUUCACAGAGGAACCGUUUAGAAGAGAUGAUAUUUUGCAAGAGUUCGAGAUCCAAAAUGUUAGAGAGAAUGCAAAGUUCAAUGACACAGAUGUGCGAUCCAACGUCCUUCGUUUUGCCAUCCAAGAGACGCCAUAUGGAAUAAUAAUAAAUUCAAAUAUACUCGUAACGGACAACAAUUACCACACGAUAAUAAGCGACCAGGAGAAAUGUAUAGUCUGCGAUAUGCAAGCGGAAUCCCCAGGAGAACAUAUAAAAUUAGACACGCAUAAAGCUAAUUUAGAAAAAUAUAAACCGUUAAACGAAUACGAUGGCGUCAUCAGAAAGAUCGACGAGGAAUACUAUUGCUCUGUGUGUAAUAGGAUAUUUAAUAAAACACUAAUUGAUGAACAUUACAACGGCAAAGAUCACGAAGAUAAAACGCUAUACGCGAUCAAUAGAGCGUCGGAUGUUUUGGAUAACUUCAAUUUAAAUAACGAUAAAAAUGAAGCUACUGCUUAUCAUUUCGAUAGAAAUAACGUUGCUUGGGACGCGAGCGACGAAACUUGCAACGUUGACGACUGUUGCGUAACGAGUAACGUUACAAAUAAUAACGUUAUUAAUAACGUUAGCGGAAACAGCAGCGAUAACGGUAGCGACAGUUCGUCUAGGAAGUUAUCCUAUGCGUCCAUUGCUAAGACUCCUUCUACACCUAAAUAUAUUGAUAUAAUUUUGAACGGUCAAAAUGUUCAAGUGAAAUUUGACGCGUGGCAUAUGAUACUGACAACAACACAAAACAAAUUCACUUGUAUGGUCUGCGUGGGUUUCUACCACAUCAGUCAAAAGACUAAGCAUUGUUCGGACCAAACGCAUUUGGAUAAACUCAGCGAAUGUGAAACCGUCAAGAAAUAUCCGAAGCAUAUUAUUAGGAAGAUAAAUGACAGAUUUUAUCAUUGUGGUAACUGCAAUAAAUUGCAAUUAUCUACUGAUAUCGACGACCACGUAGAUUUCGUUCAUUUGAAGAAACAAAAGACAACACAAAAUAACGUUAUCCAAACAAAUGAAAAUAACGAAAAAAAUGAUGUUAAAAAUAACGUUGUCUCGAGAAACGAUAGAGUUAUAUUCAAUGAGUCGAAUCGAAAUGAAAAUCAGAUGCCUUUGAAUCAGAACGCGUCGAUGAUUUUAUCCUGUUAUUUUAUAUAUGUUAAUCAAUUCUAUUUUACAUUAAGGGUAUCAUUGAUAUCGUACAACAUGGUUUACAAGCGGCCGAAUGAUUACCAUUGUUUCAAAUGCAACUGCGUUUUACCUGAACUCGGUAUGAGGCGCCAUAUUCAUGAGCAAAGUCACAUUGAAAAGAUGGCUUUCACGCCAUUCGAACCAUAUUUCGGUGUAAACCUGAUAAGAUUGAUCAACACGACAUACCACUGCUGUAAUUGCAACGUAAUAGUCACGAAAGACAAUCUAACCGCUCACUUGACAUGGCAAGCUUUACACGAAACGAAAGUCGAUAAGAAACAAAGAAAAAUCGAUUUAAAAUCGGGAAUAAAGCAAAUCGAUAUCGAAUUGAAAAAGGAAUCCUUUUAUACGUCAAACAAUGAGUCGGAUAUCGUUAUAUUGACACAUAUCGAAGUUAAACCUAAUAAAAAUAUUUGUUUGAAGAAGGCAAAUAAAAUUAUUGUAUACAAUGACAAUGCGGUGAAAGUCAGCUGGGACGCUUGGCAGAGUAUUUAUAAAAAAAUUGACGGCUACCGGUGUUACAUGUGUCAGGCGGACGUGAAGAAUUACGAAAUUAACGCACACAUAUCCGACGGAAGGCACAUAUAUCUGAUAGAAAAUACAUUCGAAAGAAAUUAUUUGCCACAUCUUCUUAGAAAGGUCGACGAGAACAUCUUAAACUGUCUCACUUGCAACAUGCUCGUAUCAAGUAAAGAACAUAUUAUAUCGAAACAUAUAAAUGGGAAAAAACAUAAGGACAUCAAUAUAAGUUUAAAAGUAAAUUGUGCGAAUAUACCUGACUCCAGUGAAGUCAUUUUUAAACUAUAAAAAAAAAUAAUCGAAACGUCAUUUUUCAUUUGGCGGGAAAUUUAAACAAAUCAAAAAUAAAUAAAAUUGUCAAGAGCAUCGAAUAUGUGUGAAAUCUGUUAUGUGUAAUUUAUUUAAACACACGCACACACAUAUUAAAAGAUAAAGUUCAAAGACACGAUUUAUAUUUAUUAUUGCAUUCCAAAUAUAAUAUACAC